AUGGAUAUUACCUCCCUUUUUCCAGAAGUUACAAUCAAUAAUCUACAGCAGGCUGAUUGUGCUACCAAGGCUUUACCUGAUACCAUUCCUCCCUCCUCCGUGACGGUUCCUAAACAUUCCAAUGGCAAAUCUUUUGCUCAAGCUUUAAAAGGGGUUUGUGACAUUCCUUCCUCUCAACUUCCGCAGCCUAUAAUCAAAGGGGACAGACCUUCUAUCACCAUUCCAGAAGAUGAAUACAAAGCCGGUAUAGAAGAAUGCAAAAACAACCUUCAUGGAAGAAUUAUUUGCCCAAAAGGCUCUUCGCUGCUCACGGUUGUUGCACUUCGUUCGAAGCUCUCUGCUUUGGAGCCGGAUGUGAAAUGUUGGGGAUUCUUAUCUCUGGGAAAAGGUUAUUAUGAAUUUACCUUCUCAAGCACUGAGGACAUGAGAAGAGUUCGAGCAUCCGGAUCCAUUAGUCUUAAUCCCGGUAUUCUCAAACUGUUUGCGUGGACUAGAGACUUUAAUCCGUCUCUCCAAAAUAAUACUUCGGCUCAAGUAUGGGUGCGUUUCUUUGGGCUUUCGCAAGAAUAUUGGAGGCCUCGUAUUCUGUUUGCGAUUGCAAGUUGCGUGGGUACUCCUAUAUGUUAG